AUGAACAGAAAGAAUCAAAGCACUGAGAAUGUAGGGGUAUGUAUGUCUGUAUAUAAACCAACUCUUGACCUCACGAGUUGUAGUCAUUCAGCAACAUACUCAGAAAUCAAAGAGCUCCUGCCCCCAUACAAUCCAAACCAGUCAACCCAUCACAUCAUAAUCACCAUGCAGUUCCUCGCCAUCAUCGCCCUCUUCGCAAGCUCAGCUUUGGCAGCCAAAUAUGCCCCUGGGACUGCCUGCCACUCAAACGUAGAGUGCAAUAUGAAAUGCUUGGAUGCCAAAUGGGUUAUCUUGCACGAGGAUGGUGCCGACAUUUUAGCCUGCGACCUCAACACGCCGGAUCCCACUCAGUACUACCUCACGGCGUGUCGAAGGCAUUACGGAAGGAAACUCCCUGAAGGAGUUUCUCCCGAUCAAGCUAUAGAUGGUCCCAUUAUGGUUGAYGGCGAGAUGACCAGUAAGGCUUGCGCCGCAGUCGGAGGCAGGACCUGUAACAAGUCGUGUUCGAUAUCUCACAAGAGGUCUGCCGAGAACGAAUCUCGUGCCGCUUGGGAGAAGGCUUGCAGAGCCGCUGGUGCGCCCAUUCCUUCAUUUGUGCGGUACGACAGCAAAAAGUCCGUGGAAGAAUCUGCCGCGUGUAACAAAAUGUGA